AUGCGGUUCCCCAAGCCCGGAAGCAAGGGCGUCGAGCACCAGGACCGCCCUGAUCCCGAUGCCCACUCGGAUUCCGCCUCCGUCGACCCCGUCACCGAGCAGAAGGUCACCUUCGCCGCCUGCUUCCUCGGUCUCGUUGCCAGUAUCGGUGGUUUCAUGUUCGGAUAUGUCAGUGGUCAGAUCUCCGGUUUCUUCCUUAUGGAAGACUUUAUGCAGCGCUUCGGUGAAGCCCAGGGCGACACGUACGUCUUCAGCGCCGCUCGCCAGGGUACCAUCGUCGGCCUUCUCUGCAUCGGCUGCCUCGUUGGCGCUCUUACCGCUGGUAAGCUUGCCGACACUCUCGGCCGUCGCCUGACCAUCUCGCUCUUCGCUUUCUUCUCUUGCAUCGGUAUCGUCAUCGAGAUCUCCUCCACCGACAAGUGGUACCAGUUCGCCAUCGGCCGCCUCGUUAACGGUGUCGGUAUCGGUGCCCUCUCCGUCGUCGUCCCCAUGUACCAGUCCGAGUCUACCCCCGCCAUCGUUCGCGGUGUCAUUAUCUCGACCUACCAGCUCUUCAUCACCCUCGGUAUCUGGCUCGCCGAGCUUGUCAACUAUGCCACCCACGACAAGGUCGGCUCUGCUUCCUGGCGCAUCCCCAACGGCCUCGGCUUCGCCUGGGCCCUUAUUCUCGGGGGCGGAAUCCUCUUCUUGCCCGAGUCCCCUCGUUUCGCCUUCCGCCAAGGUCGCGAGGACGAGGCCCGCCGCAACAUCGCCAAGCUUGCCGGCGUCGAGCCCAACGCCAGAUCCGUCAACGCUCAGAUCGACGACAUUCGCGCCAAGGUGGCCGAGGAGAGCGCUGGUGCCGACACCAGCAUCUGGGAAAUCUUCACCGGCCCCCGCAUGCUUUACCGCACCCUUCUCGGAGUUGUCCUGCAGGCCGGCCAGCAGCUGACCGGCGCCAACUUCUUCUUCUACUUCGGCACCACCGUCUUCUCCGCCACCGGCCUCAGCAACAGCUACGUCACCCAGCUCAUUCUCGGCUCCGUCAACGUUGCCUGCACUUUCGGUGGCUUGGUCGUCGUCAAGAAGUCUGGCCGUCGCAUCGCCCUCAUUGUCGGUGCCCUGUGGAUGAUGAUGUGCUUCUUCGUCUACGCCUUUGUCGGCCACUUCGCCCUCGACAAGUCCCACCCCGAGAACUCCCCCGUUGCCGGAGCCGUUCUCGUCGCCUUCUCCUGCUUGUUCAUCGCCGGCUUCGCCACAACCUGGGGUCCCCUCGUCUGGGCUGUUGUCGCCGAGCUGUACCCUGCCCGCUACCGCGCUCCCGCCAUGGCUCUCGCCACCGCCUCCAACUGGCUCUGGAACUUCCUCAUGUCCUUCUUCACUCGCUACAUCACCGAUGCCAUCGACUACCUCUACGGCCUCGUCUUCGCCGGAUGCUGUGCUGCCCUCGCCGUCAUCGUCUUCUUCUUCGUCAUCGAGUCCAAGGACCGCACCCUCGAGGAGAUCGACACCAUGUACGUUCAGCACGUCAACCCCAUCACCUCGGCAAAGUGGCGCGGCGAGUCCCGCAAGGCCCACGAGUCGGGCAGCGAGGCCGAGAAGGCUGAAAACACCGUCUAA